UGAAUGGUCCACCCAGGUGCCAAGAUUCAUAAAUGAUGCAUGGCGCCUUUGCCUAGCUGCUCUCCACCAUACACUUUCUAUUGCUCAACAUUCUAGAAUCUAGAGGUACGAUCAGUGUAACAAAACAAGAUUCGACAGUAAAACUAGACGCAAUACUCUAGGAUAGUUGAGUUCCGACGGUGGGAUUCUCCUUCCAUUGAUUCGAACGUCAAACCUCUUUCUUUCUUAGCUUCUCGCGUCUUGCUCUUGUCAAUAUCGAACUCGAAGAGCAUCAAUUCCGCUUUGCAGAAAACACUGCAAAUUGCAGUGGCCUUCUCCUUUUGGACAUUAAUUUUGACCCGACCUAGUUUAACGACUCGGAAACGAAACGGUCCAGACGUACAGCAGAUUCGAGAUCCCUUUUGUACGCGCGAAGGGGCGGCAACAGCGAGUUGCGGAGCCAACGAUCGCAUUCCUCUUGAAGGCCAACGAAAAAACAGGACGUCAUUUGCUCCCAAGUUCCAUAGCUCCUCGCCGGAGAAGCAAAAAGGUCCACGCUGGAGCAGCAGACAGAAUUAGGAAGCGGAGCUCCGCCGUCGGCCAUGGGGGUCGUCUGCAACGGAUGCGUCUCGGGAUUCCUCCCGAAGGAUGAGGCCUUUGCUGUACACUAUCCGGGAUACCCUUCUUCUACAUCCCGGGCGAUCGAAACCCUCGGCGGCAACGACGGCAUUCUCAAGGCUCGAAGUUCAGUCUCUAAUUACUUGGAGCUCCAUUUUCGACCUGAAGACCCUUAUUCACAUCCUGCAUUUGGAGAGUUGCGUCACUGCAAAGGUCUUCUGCUUAGGCUAUCUAGAAACAAAUCUGCUGAUGCUCAAACUGUUGAUUCUGCAAAAGAUUUUUCAGAGUCUAUGCAAGCUGAAGUCACCAAUUUGGAACAUGCCAAUGAAGGAAAGGAUAGUGGCAAGACCCCUGUCGUAUCUGAAACUGAACCUACAGCUGCUAAUGAGGAUAAGCAUGCAAGAUAUGAUGAACCAACCGUUUCGUCACAACUGUGUGCAGAUAUCGUAGCUAGGGUGGUUAAUGCAUACCAUUUUGAUGGUAUGGUAGAUUACCAACACGUUCUUCCUGUUCAUGCACAUGCUGCAAAGAGAAAGAAGAGGCAUUUGGUGCAGUCACAAUUCGAUAAGGAUGGCUUUAUGGAUAUAGACCAGGACCUAAUGAUGUUGGUACCUCCACUGUUCUCACAGAAGGACAUCCCUGAGAAUCUUGUGUUAAGGCCACUGGGCAGUGAAAAUUCAAAACUAAAACAGGAGAGGGCAAUGCAGCACCACUGGGAGAUGGAUAUUGGGCCAUGUUUCGCUCUUGAUUUUGAUAUAAAAGAUAUCCCCGGUCCCAUCAACUGCAUGGAAAAAAUCUCAAAGUAUUCUACUGACUGGGAUUGGCUUUCAGCCAUAACAGAUUUGUUCAAUGAGCGCCCUAUCUGGCCUAGGCGCUCUUUGCAUGUCCGAUUUCUCGAGAAAGGCCUCAAGGUGUCUAAUGAUCAGAUGAAGAGGCUUCUUCUCAGAUCUGCAUAUUACUUUGCUACCGGACCCUUCCGGGGGUUCUGGAUUAGAAAAGGAUACGAUCCAAGGAAGGAUUCAGAAUCACAGAUAUAUCAAAGUAUUGAGUUCAGAGUUCCUAAAGAGUUGCGGAGCUUCGAGAUUAUUGGAGCAGAUGGAGAGGGAAAGCAAACAUGGAAGGAUAUGUGCACGUUUCGAGUUUUUCCUUCUAAAAGUUUCUCUAGUCUUCAGCUGUAUGAACUUGAUGAUGAGUAUAUUCAGCAAGAGAUUAGAAAACCUACCAAACAAAGCAGUUGCAAUCGAUGGACAGGAUGGUUCUCUCGAAACAGAUUCCGUCGGCUAAGGUUGUCUGUUCAUAUAAGGUUUCUUUCUAUACAUCCUAGUCCAGAGGCAAAAAAUUUGCUGAAGGAUGUCUCUAAGCGCCUUGAGAAUUGCAAAAAAUUAGGAAAUCUUGAAGGUGGUUUGUCUGAUGAUGAGGAUCUUCAACCUGCUGAUGGAGAUCCUAAAGGUGAUACUUUUGGAAUAAAAGAAUUGACAGGAGAUAUGGAUCUCAUAUAUGGUGAUGAUAAAGGUGAACUGGGUGAUGAAGAAGCAGAGGAAGAGGAAGAGGAAGAAGAAGAAGAGGAAGAAGGAUAUAAUGUGGAUGGGUCACUAGUCAUGGGUGGUGAACACGGAGGUCCCUCCUUAUCGCAGCAUCCAUAUAUGGGAGCAGCAGUCCAUGCUGCAAACUACUUCCAGGAACUCUUGAAUGGAUUUCCAUUUGAGGUUGGCGGUGAUGAUGACCAAAUUGGAAACAGGGCUCAUAUUGAUGAUGAUCACGAGUAUGAGAUAUAUGAGCAGGACAGUGACGAUGAACAAUGAAAACUAAAUUUGGAAGAUUUUCAGCCGAUAGAUAUUACUGAUUGGUAGAAGAACAGCUGGUGACCAACGGUAUCAAAGUGCAGACGCUGGAUUGGGUCUCAGCCUUAGAUUCAAACUCUGUCAAUUUUGUCUUGAGUUUUGUAUGGUCUCAUCUUUGUAAAGCUUGGUGGCUGAGAUGUACUUCUGUAAAAGGAAAAAACAAAACACACUAUUACGUUAACCAGAGAACUCAUUUAAUAUGAAAAUGGCAUUUUCAUUUGCAA